AUGGCCUCGCCAAGGCGCGUCCUCCAGCUGGGAUUCAUCUGGUUUUGCAAUUUAAACGGACUCACCACCUUCAGCUUCUCCUCGGGAAGAAUUCGCGAGUCCCGCUUUCUUUUCUGCUACCGAAUAUUCCACAAUAUCCUGGUUAUGGUCCUAACCAUUAAGUUCCUGAUGGAUUUUUGGCACUUUAGUGCCGACUCCUUUGAGGAAUCGCCGCUGGUUCGCCUGGCCGCCAUCACUUACUUUGGCCUGGUUUUUCUCUCCCUGAUUAGCUGCAUGGGAAGUGCACAUCGGCGACAGGAUCGGAUAAGGAAUAUGAUCACGAAGCUACAGGAUAUGGAGGACCUAAGUAAAUCUCGUAACUACCGAAUUCCCAAAAGCAGGAAGCGUUUCCUAAAUUUCCUCCUAGUUGUUCUGACCGCCCUGCUUGUCCUUCGACUCUCGGUUCAUGCGUACUUGAAUGUCAAUAAAUUUCGGCGGGGAAUCCACAAUCCCUGCAACUGCUUUCUGUCCGAGUGCAUGAUUUUCGCCAUGAACUCCUUGGCCUUUGGCCUCAUGCUCGAGAUUACCCGCAAUUGGUGGCGGCUGGAGUCGGGUCUGAGGAUGCUGAUAUUGGCUCCGGAACCUCUCCCCGAUAGACUCAUUCAUCUGCAACAGCUCCAAACCAUGUUCCAGUGCCUGAUUGAUAUGACGGACGAGGUGUGCUUGGUGUUCAGAUUCGUGUUUCUGUGCUAUUUGCUGCGCAACGUGUGGAGCGGUAUACGGGUCGGAUACAUGCUCGUCCGGGUCUGUCUGGGCCACAGCGCCAUUGAAUCCGAGAUGGAGUACCUGCAGAUGGUGUUUAUCACCUGUAUACAGCCGCUAAUGUUCUCCUUGAUGAUGAACUCUCUGACGCAUUCCAUUGAUUCAAUGCUAGAGGACACCAAGGCUGCGAUUAGGGGGCUUUAUAGUCGAGGUAACAGUCAGGUGGAGCGCAGGAUGGAAUGGUUCUCCUUGCAAUUGGCGGAGCAGCACACCUAUGUCCACAUCUUUGGCACUUAUCGCAUGAACCGCAGCUUGGUCUUUGAUGGCUGUUCCGUUAUCCUGCUGCACGUCAUCUAUAUGGUGCAGUGCGAGUACACUUCAAUGCUUUAG